ACAUCGUUCUUUAACUCCGUCACAACAAUCCGCCGUCCUCUAUGUCGCGAAACUAAACGGACUACCUCCCUAUGCCGUUAUAUUGUACAUGUUAUAAAUCCUUAAUUCCUCUCUCCGUCCCUCCUCAUUUUUAUUCUCUCCCUCGUAAAGUUCAGCCACAGUGAAGACGAAGAAGUGCUCUCUCUCUCUGUCAGGCUUUCGCUGGCUACGUUAAAUCACAUCUUUCUAAAACUGAAGAUGCAAGCCUAAUUAUUCACUUGGAGACAUGGUUUGCGGACAUUCUUGAGUUUGUUCUAUGCAAGUGCCCAUUUGGAGUUUUGUCCGAGUGGUAAAGUAAUCUCUAUUUUAAUUGAGUGAUCAUGGGAUCAGUUUGCUGUGUUGCUGCUAGAGAUAAAGAUCUUCCCAACAGAACAGUAGUUAACACUGUGCAUAGGAAUCCUAGAUGCUCUCCGACAUGGAGCUUCCGUUGGGAAAAUCGAAGGCGUGUUGCUGGUGAAAUUGAGGACUCACUGUAUCAAACAUCUCAUAGACUCAGCAGAGAUGUUAAUGUGGAGGUGAAGGGGCAAUUAGGCUCUGAUAGAGGUCAUCUUUCUGAUGAGGGAAGUCUGCAUGAGAGUUUUGGAACACCAGUCUCUCUAAAGUCUCCGGUACAUGAAGGAAUGGGAACAAAUCUGAUGGCCCAACCUUCAGGCCUAUCCGUGGAUACCAGUUACUCUGCACAGGGAAAGAACUCUGCAGAAUCCUCUGACAUUGCUGAGUUAUCUGCCCCAAAGCUUUCAUAUUCUAUACACUCAUCAUUUUCUACACCGGGUGCUGAUCCUAUGCCUAUGUGUGGUCAUUCACUUCCUCCAAACUCAACUCCUUCAAGACGGGCUCGCCGUUCACCUGGGCAUCGGCUAUUAAGACAGAUUUCUGAUAGUCGGAUUCUGGGGUUGAAGUCUCCUAAUAAUUAUUCAUUGUCUGAAGGGAGGUCAUCAUUUGUGCUUUCCACUUGCAGCCACGACUUAGCAAUGGGAUCCCACGGUGGGUCUUCUGAUGGUUGGUCCAUGCGUACCUUUUCAGAGCUGGUGGCCUCUUCACAAAGGGAGAGGUGGUCUUUUGACAGUGAGCACUUAGGCUAUGGCCUCAGCAAAGUAAGUGGAUGUAGUAGCAGAUUCUCAUGUUCUCCCUCUUUUGAUCUUCAAACUUGUGGGGCUUGCUCAAAGCUCUUGACAGAGAGAUCUUCUUGGGGCAGUCAGAGAAUUCUCGCCGGCAAUGACCUCUCAGUUGUUGCUGUGCUAGUAUGUGGUCAUGCUUACCAUGCCGAGUGCCUGGAGACAAUGACAUUGGAGGUUGACAGGUAUGAUCCAACUUGCCCUAUAUGCAUGGGAGGAGAUAAGCAAAUCUCAAAAAUGUCCAAAAAAGCUUUGAAAGCUGAAGCAGAUUUGAAGGCAAGAAGCCAUAAGAUUUCAAGAAACCGUGUUAUAGAUAGUUACCUUGACAGUGAUUCUGAUGAUUUUGACCACCAAAAAAAUUUCGUACAAGGUCGUGCUCCAAAGACACAACCUAGUUCUAAUAUUGCAAGCUCUUCCAGAAAGCCAUUCUUGAGACGGCACUUUUCAUUUGGGUCCAAAUGGAGUAGGUCAUUGUCAGAGAAUGAUUCUGCCAGGAAAAAGGGCUUUUGGGCUAGAUAUCGCAAAUAUUGAGCGCUUAACUGUACAAGCAGAUUUGUUGGAGAUAUAGUAUCAUGUGAAGCUGCACCAGACUGGUUUAAUGCAAAGCCUGUGAGCAAACCCGUUCUGAUUUUUCAGCCUCCAAAAUAUGGCUUUCUCCAUCAUUGAUUUUCUCUACACCUCACCUAUUCUUUGUUUGAUAGUGUUUCUGAAAGUAGAAAAAGAUCGGGUGAUCCAACCAGUCCCAGUCCCAGUUGUACGGUAGUCUACCCUACAGAAAACCAUCUGAUCAGUGGAGCCCCUUGUUUUUGGUCACCAUGGGCUUAGACUAUUAAUUUUGACAUUGUAUGGCAUUUUUAUGUGCUGUCAACUAGUAGUGAUGAACGAGUUAAUUCUAAGCGCAACAAUAUUGUUACAUGUUGUUACAUAAAAUUGGUUUGUCCAAAUGUGGGGUAGAUGAUAAAUGCAAUGAUCCUUUGUACAAUAUAUAAUCACUUAUUGGAUAACCAUAAAGUUUGAAGCCUGUUGGCUGCCCCUUA